AUGAGGAUCCUGGUGUGCGUGUUCCUGUUCGGACUGGCUCUGGCCGAGGAGAAGCAGGUAGAAAAAAGGGGUGUGAUUGGUUCCCUGGGUGGCUAUGGAGGCGCGUCUAUUGGCGGAGGUUACGGGGGCGGCUAUGGGGGCGGCUUUGGUGGUGGUUAUGGAGGUGGCUACGGAGGUGGCGUCAGCUCUGCAGUUGGAGGAGGUCAAGUAACCAACAUCGCCAUAACCAAGCAGGUGCCCAUCCCGUACCCAGUACCAGUGCAGCGUACUGUCCCAGUACCAGUCAGGGUUCCCGUCACAGUGCCAGUCAACAGGCCGGUACCGGUGCCCGUCCCACAGCCGUACCCUGUCCCCGUGCAGAGGCCAGUCCCAGUACCCGUGAGCGUCCCUAGCCCAGUCCCCGUACCAGUACCACAGCCCGUCGUCGUCAACCAGCCAGUACCUGUCGUCGUGGGAGGCGGAGCUGGUGUCGGCGGAGCUCUCGGAGGCGGCUACGGCGGCGGCAUUGGUGGAGGCUACGGUGGAGGCUACGGUGGAGGCUACGGAGGAGCCAUCGGUGGUGGCUACAGCGCUGGCUACAGCGGUGGCUACUCUGGGGGCAUUGCUGGAGGCUAUGGAGGCUACGGGAAAUACAGCCACUAA